GGCGGCCAUUUCGCGCCCUUUGCGGUGGGGCAGUGGCGGAGCGGGAGGGGCUCUGCGUGCUCUGCCAGCUGUCCAGGACGGAGCUGCAGGAGAGGCCGCAAAGGAUACUGAGCUGCGAUCUGGCAAACUGAAACAUGACUGAUCGAGAUGAGGCUCAGGCUUCUGGCUCUGAUUACCACGGUGUCCAAGAGCUGAUACAUGGUCAUCAGCAGCCAUCCAAGGAGUAUGCAUGGCAGACAAAUACAAGAAAGGAGUGUUCACAGUUAAGGCAGAAGAAUGCUGCUCCUGGGGAGUCUUCGAAUCAUCUUAACAGUACAUGUGAAUCAUCAGCUGCUUCAGCUGAGGUUUUACUUAUCAGCAGCGAUUCAGAAAUUGAUGUCUCUGGUGCUCGUGGCAGUGAGUGCCGACCUGGGUGCUCCAUUGCACCUUCAAAGCAAAAAAGGAGGUGUCAAUCUUCAAAGCAACAAGCUGAAUCUGUUGCAGAAGUGCCUGACAAUGAAAGCUCGUCAGAUUCUUCUCUAUCUCCCCAAAGUCCAAUGAAAUCAUCGGAAGUUUCCAAGCAGCAGAAGUCAAAACUCAAUUUGAAAGCCAUUUUUGCCUAUCACUUCAGGGGAAAGAAGUUUAAAGCCGCUGCACACCGAAAAUACAACAAAGCUGGCUCAGGGAAGAAAAGGAAGAAAAAGAAAAAAUGUGAGGGCACAAGGAUGCCCACAGGGAGGCCACCACUGACAGCCUCACCUCAGGAGCAAAAGAGGAGGCUGCUGGACAGAGGUUUUCAGUUCCCUUUUGUCGAAAAACAUUAUGGGGAGAAACAUAUUCCCUUAAAGAUGGUUCUUGGCUAUGAGCAAGCAGCUGCAAAGGGAUAUUUCAAGUACAUUGAGGUGCUUAAGUAUGAAGAACAUCUUAAAAAAGCUUUAAAAGCCCUUCAGGCUGGUGAAGACUUAGAAAAAGAAUGUGUGGUGUUACGGAAGCACAAAUACCUAGAUGAUGAAGGCCCCAUUUCUCCUAUUCAGGAGACAAAUGAUGAUGAGGACAGCUUGAAUUCUGAUAAUAAAGAGCAAUAUGAUGCCAGAGUAGUGGAGAACAGCUCUUUCAUUAUAAGCAGCACAAUUCCCAAUAAGAAAAAAUCAAAGCCAGAAACAAAACGUGCAAAAUCAACUGAAGUGAUUGAAAUAAAGGAUGAUGAAGACAGUGCUGAGGAGAACUCCUUGCCUGUGCCAGGUUCACCUCUGUGAACAGCAGAUGGGACAAACGAGGUGUCAGUGGUCGUUUUUCAUGGCCUGCUUCGUUUAAAGCAUUGGUCUGAAGUCAAUGUUGAGCUAUCCACCAAGCUACCCAGUCACAUCUGGUGUAAUUUUAUAUUGCUUUUGGAGGAUGAAAUACCACUCAGUUUUCUUGCUGCACGAGAUGAGAACACCAAUGCUGCAGCAGUGGGCAGAUUUAAUUUUUUGGGGAGCAUUUGAUUUAUUAUGGCUGUUUGCUAGCCCACUGAUUAACAAAUCUGUCAGUUCAGUGAAUUUCUGUUCAACGCAGGAAUGAAAGAGGGGCAUUCCUGUGAUGUCUGGAAUGCAGUGGAAGGCCUCUACUUAAGCGAAGUCCAUGUGAUAGUCCAGUCUGAACUACCGUCUUGGAGGCAUGUAUUUAGAGAAAAUAACAGAAGAAAUGCAGGAUGCCAUUUCACAGCAGUCUGAAGCUCUGUCUAGGGUAUACUAUGACAUGCUUUGAUAGAAAUGAAACAAAUUAUUCAAGUGGAAAAGCUUGGUGCUUUAGGAUACUGAACAAACUGAACCUCCCUGUAUUAAAAAGAUGAGCUGUGGAAGAUAAAAGCAACCUGUUUUAUGGUGUCUGCUACCAAGUUGCUGCAUGUCAGAGGGAUGAGAAACUCCACCUGAGCACUACCAAAGUGAGUGUGAAGGCUCUGGUGAUACUGCUGAAAGUCUGCUGCAGUGAGCUACACAGCUGUUCCAAAUGGAGAAAGAUCUUACCUAAAGUGUUUAUUGCAGUUAUUUGGCAUUAAAAGUAGUGCAUAUUGUGACUUGCCUCUUGCCCUCCUGUGAGAUAUGAAGGUGCCUGUGUGUGAUGUUAGAGAAGACCCAGCUGAGUGUAUUGUGUUGUAAUUUGACUGAAAAUAGCUUGAUCAGGUGUUUUCCCUAACUUCCCUGUCACUGAAUUCUCACUGUACUGAAGCCCUGGAUAGGUAUUUAUUCUGUACAGAAUGUAACAGCAUUUAAAUAAAACUGUCUCUGAGCUGCA